AUGUCCGCUGAAACUGCCAUCGCUCCGGCUGAACAUCCCAAGAAGAACCGAAUUCAAGUCUCCAACACCAAAAAACCUCUUUUCUUUUACGUCAAUCUUGCAAAGAGGUACAUUCAAGAACAUGAUGAAGUUGAGCUCUCUGCUUUGGGGAUGGCAAUUACUACAGUUGUUACAGUAGCUGAAAUACUAAAGAACAAUGGACUUGCUGUUGAGAAAAAGGUUGUGACAUCCACCAUUGGCAUGAAGGAUGAAACGAGGGGCCGACUAAUUCAAAAGGCUAGGAUCGAGAUUGUAUUGGGAAAGACCGACAAGUAUGCGUCAAUGGCCACCCCACCCAGUGCUCGAGCACGUGAGAAGGAAGCACUCGCUAACAAGGAAGAAAAGAAACAAUAAGAUGGACAAUAUUACUUCCAUAAUAGAGAUGUGGUAGCUAUAUAUAUAGUCUGUUUUGUGUUUCCUACCCUAGAUGCACCAGAAUUCCAACUAGAGGUUGUAAUAUUCGAGUGUCAAAACUUUGUGUUUGUAUUUUCAA